CCGCCGCCCGGAAGUGGCCCUGAGGCAGCUUCCGCUGGCCACCGGCCGCCAUGGCGGCGACGCGGCUGGAGCUCAACCUGAUGCGGCUCUUGAGCCGGUGCGAGGCGCUGGCGGCGGAGCGGCGGGACCCCGAGGAGUGGCGGCUGGAGAAGUAUGUGGCCGCUCUUGAGGACAUGCUCCGAGAGCUGAAGAAGCAGUCCAGCAAACCUGCCCCAGAACUGCUGAAUGAAUACUCUCGCAAAGUGGACUUCCUAAAGGGACUUCUAGAAGCUGAAAAAUUGUCUUCAUCAACUGAAAAGGCUCUGGCAAAUCAGUUCCUGGCCCCUGGACGUACCCCUACAACCACCAAAGAGAGAACCCCAGCUACUAAAACAGUUCAUCUGCAGACAAAGGCUCGUUGCACAGGCAAGAUGAGGAGUGAGCUGCUUGGUACAGACCCCUUGGCUGUCGAUGAUUCCGAGGAGUUAAACCUAAGGAAGAGGAAAGGCCUCGCCCCCGAUGAGAAGCAGUCGGCGGUGGAGCUGGACGCCGUGCUGCAGCACCACCAGGACAUGCAGGAGAAGUUAGCUGAAGAAAUGCUAAGUUUGGCUCGCAGUCUCAAAAACAACACUCUGGCGGCGCAGAACGUGAUAAAACAAGAUAACCAGACGCUGUCGCAUUCCCUCAGGAUGGCAGACCAGAACUUCGAGAAGCUCAAGGACGAAUCCGACCGCCUCGAACAGCACGCGAAGAAAUCGGUCAACUGGCUGCUGUGGAUAAUGUUAAUUGUAGUUUGUUUUAUAUUCAUCAGCAUGAUUCUCUUCAUCAGAAUUUUCCCCAAACUGAAAUGAUUCUCUUCUCGUUCAGCUGCCAGAGUGCAGUUGGGAAGCUGAGAACUGGCAGCAAUGAAUUUCUUUGCCACCUAUCGUGUCGUUAAAAGAGGCUGCCCAAGGCCUUACCCUUCCCCCUCUUCCUUGUGGGGUCAGUGAAGGGUUUCAUAGGGCUUUCUACACUUGGUUACCUUUUUACUUAGUUAAUAUUGCUGUCUGUUGAGACAGAUAACAACAGAGAACUGGCAAAAAGCUGGCACUUUACGGGGAGCUGCUAACGAGUUCCUCAGUGAGUAGCUCCAGCCCUGGUUUUAAUGUGGCUGUGGCAAAUGUUCCCACUCCUACAAGGCGUUUACUCAAUGCAAACACAAGUAACAGUUGAAGUCUUACAGUUUUUCCCAGCUUUACAGCUUUACUGUGCUGCAGCAGGACCUUGCUGCCAACAGGAUAUUUAAUUACAGUUCUGUACAUACACAGCUGUAGGGUGUAGGAAGAGAAUGCUGCCUUUGAGAUGUUGCCUGGCUCAGGUUCAGAGAGUAUCAACAGGUAAAACUAUUCUCAGGCUCACCUUUUUCCCCCGAUGAGUAUUAUUUAGGAAUCUUCUGCAGUUCAGGCUUGCUAGGGAAGAGCUGGAGUUGCUUGUUGCAAUAUUUGUUUCCCUUUUUGUGAGUGUGACUGUUCUCUCUCAUUGUCUGUUCAUGUUGAUGCUGUUGCAUCAAGAAAACACCGUGACCCCGGCCCUGCAGAGCUGUACACACAGCACUCUGUAUGCUACACACCUCACCUGUGCAAACACUUUGUCACUGUAAAUUGGGGGCAAAGGAAGCUGGUGUCUUCAAGACAGAAAUAAAAAAUAAAAAAUAAGAAAAGAAUUAAAAUAUUCAGGCUUUACUAUUUGAGACAGGUUAUUCUGGUCAAGAGCAGUUGUGUGACAUCUGUAUUCUUAAGAGGUCACUACAAUAAAGCAGAGAGGAAAUGAAUUUGAAUAUUUUUAAAAUACUGCUAGGAAAAAUGAGAGCCUGCAGUAAAGCAAGGUUUUGUUGUGACCAUGCAAGAGCCAUUUUUAAGUGUUUGUGAUAAGCCAAGAGCAAACUAUUCGUGUCUGUGCUGUGGUUUCUGGAGCCUUACUCUGGAAAGGGGUGGCGUUGGGGUGUGCAGGUUUCCCACUGAAGAAAUGAGCAGCAGCAGAUGACCCCAAAUGUGGGGUUUUUUUUAUCAUUUCUCUUGGUGUUUUGAACCACUAGAUGGAGUGUUUUCGGCCUCUUUGGCGAUCCCCUGCAGCAGGGGAAGGUGGGGAGAAGAACUGUUUGUCACAAUUGGGUUCUUACGAAAAUCCAACUGCUGCUUUGAACACAUCCCAGAGCAGCAGCCUCCCUUUCAGAAUUGUUUUUUGUUCUCUACAAAACCAGCUGUGUUAAUGAAGACAGUCAACGUUUUUUUACAGAAAGUAUUUUUGUUCAUUUAACAGGAUGUUUGUAAUUUAGUUUCCCAUUUGUUUAUGGAUUAUCAAAUGCGUGAUUAUACUACAAAAUACAGCUUUUUCUUCUAACUGCU